GUGCAAUGUCAAAUGCUGGGCAUUUAACCUUCAUUUAACUAGUAGACACUGCUUGCUCAUACACCGUGCUGUAUCUCUUGUGAGGUCAGGUUGCUCACAUCACUUGUGUAAACUCCAACUCUGUGCUUUGUAGUGUAGUUAUUGUAAUCUUGUAUCACCACAGCGCUUGACGCGGCAUUACCCUUUGAUUACGAGCCACUAUCUACUUGUGCAGUUGGCGAAAUGUCGCAGCUCCUAAGCAGCGCGCUUGCAAAGACUACAAAGCUUGCUAAGGGGCGUCAUCUACAGCUUCUUUGCAACACGUCGGUCCGCGCCUUCUCCACGCCUAGCGGUGAUGCCUCUUCGGCUACAUCCUCUGCUGCUCAGGGCGCUCCUUCCGGCCCCCCUAAGCUGGUGGUGCUGGGAGGCCGUGGCUUCGUGGGCAGCCACGUGUGCCAGGAGGCGGUGUCAGCUGGCCUCAGCGUCGUGGGCAUGAGCCGUGGCGGCACGCCCCCUCUGGUCCAGGAAUCGUGGGUCGACUCCGUUGAAUGGGUGCGCGGCAACGCCCUGGAGCCGCAGACGCUGGCUCCCUACCUGCAGGGAGCGCAUGCGGUGAUCUCCUGCAUCGGGGGCUUCGGAACCAACCAGCAGAUGCUGAAGAUCAACGGCGCUGCCAACGUGUCUGCAAUCGAGGCGGCCAAGGCGGCUGGUGUGCCCCGCUUCGUCUACAUCUCCGCCACCAUCCCCAACAUCCCCGGCAUUGAAACCCUGCUGGAGGGCUACGUGCGCGGCAAGCAGACCGCCGAACAAGCCCUCCGCACCCACUUUCCUUCUACCGGCGUCGCGCUGCGCCCGGGCGUCAUCUACGGCGACCGCGUCAUCUCCGCCAGCCUGACGGUGCCGCUGGGUCUGGCCUUCCAGCCGCUCGAGAUGCUGCUUGGCAAGCUGGGCGCCGACAAGGCGCAGCAGCUGUCGGGGCUGCCGCUGCUGGGGGCCGCGUUCGUGCCGCCGGUGAGUGUGCAGGCGGUGGCACGGGCGGCGGUGCAGGCGGCGAUGGGAGCCAACGUGCCGGGUGGCGUGAUUGACGUGUGGGAGCUUGCGUCCAAGUACAAGUAGGGAGUGGUCUUGGGGUUGCGUUGUGAGAGGGAAGAUGUCGGAGGGCGUUGUUGGCCUUAUAGGAUUCUGCUGUGCAGGCGGAGCGUGGAGUGUAACCUGUUGUACAGUGGAUGGUGCGUUUGUGAGGUGUUGUCUUGCCAUGUACCUGCGGAUAAGGAUGAAAAAAAUGUAACGUUGUAGUGGAGUGGGCUUUGGUUCAUUUUAGCGCCAUCUGCGCGUAGUGUGUGGAGUGUGAAUCGUUGGACGAGUGCGGAACGAGGGCUGGCAUGAGUCUCAUUGCGCUACGUGAGGGGCGGUGUAGCUUGUGGUUGCGUUGUGGAGUGUGGGCGGAUGGGUAGGGUUGUCAUGUACGAAAACAGAAGGACCGAGGAUACAGGCAUGGCGAGCGGAAAAGAGAGAAAGGGGGAGCGGAAGACGCCAAAAGACAUUCUUUGGUGUGCAUGUGUAUUCUUUUGCCUUUA